AUGAAACUAUCAUACUUUAUAUAUGCUUUGAAGGUGAAUAUUUUCCAAGUGAUAGUGGAAAAGUCUCGUUCUGAGUCUUUAAAUCUACAAUAUAUUCACUCAUCAUUAUUCGAUGCAACUGCUUGUCAACCAACAGAUGAGAAUGUGGCAGACUUUUCGUUUGUUAAUAAUGUAACAGAUUGUGCUGACGAUUUUGUAGAUGUUCUUAUAUAA